ACAGAAUUAAAUUUGACAGGUUUUCUGAGUUUCUGAGUUCUUGUAGGCAGACCGUGUCGUCAGCCGAGUAAAUAUCGCGAUUUUAUUUCUCAAUUCUCCUGAUGAGUCUGCCCGUAUGGAAAGAGAAGAAGUAUUAGAAGGACCGCCGACGGGGACGUAUUGACUCCGGUUCGAAUAUCACUUGAAUGCAUAAAGGCUGCUUCAUACGCCUGGCAGAACGGUUUGGCUCCCGUGAAAAUAUCACUCAGAUGCAUACCGGAUCCUUCAUAGGAGAGAUUGCCAGUCAUAUACUCUUGUGGGACGUAUUCUGUCGUUUCAUAACCGCCGAAAUUCUUGAAAUUCUUGGGCGGCGCUGCCUAUGCCCGACCGCAAGGUCGUAUGCAGCCGUGUAAUCAUGUUCCAUUUCCUCAGGUAGCCUUCCUUUAUCUCGAUGUACCUUGAUUGAACUCUGUCGCUCUCCUGCUCAUCAGAAGACAUGGCGCCUCCACUCACUCCGACUUUCCUAUGUGGACGAGCGAGUGAGGGCAACAUGGGAACGACAGCUGCGCUCCACAAGAAAAGCCCCGCGCAACUGUUCGCGCGUGCCAACCAAAUAUGGCGUCGUCGAGGCGCGCUUUUACUCCUUUCUCUGCAUGCAUUUAUCUUUCUAGCGGCCCUUUCUUCUCUCACACCUGACGUUUGGUCAGCAACCCGGACCUUCAUGGCUGAGGCGGUCAUCAGUGAAACUCGCGGGCUUUUCGUCCACAUGGAUUCAAUGAAUCCCGCAGGCAACAGCAAGGUUGAAGGGAGUGUAGGGACCGAAGAGAGUACAGCGAGUGAAGGGAGUGUGACGAGUGAAGGGAGUGUGACGGCUGAAGAGAGUGUAGCGGCUGCAGGACCACUCGCUGUAGCCCACCGUGCGACCACAAACGGAAGAACCAAGAGAGGUAGUCGCUGGUGGGGCGACCAAGCCAACGCCACCGAUCACCACGGAGUGACCGCAGUGGACGCCGGAACCCGCUUUUCAGCUCAGUGGAAGAAUGACAAGCUGCAAGUGAUAUUCUUCGCGACUCUGGCUGCGGCCACUGCGGUUGCCGUCUCUAUCGCCUUGUCGACAGAGGAGCUGGCGACUCCAGCGAAGAGCGAGGAGAAGCAAGUGCUCUCUGGCGCUAAGUCACGGAACGGCCUUCGUACAUCAACACAUGGAAAUAAUAAACCCCGCGGACACUAAUCAGAGACGUAGUGUUGAUUCGACUAAGCAACGACAAGUUCCAAUAUUGAAGCUGGGAUGUCCGGACAUUUCUCUUGGUAAUCAGGACGCAGGUAAGGCAACGCUGACGGUCAGCUGUCGUGGGGCAAACGGUCCUGCAGUCGCG